AUGGCGUGGCUUCAAGGUUUGACAAGUCUAUUUGAGGGAAAUGAUUUCUACUGGCAUGAAUUUAUUGGCGGCUACCCGGCCACGGUGUUUCUGGACUCCAAAACUUGUACCAGUGCGUGCCGUUCAUUCUCUGUUGUGAAUACAGUUGCCAACCCGCCUAGAAUCUAUCGCUCAGAUGACUGUUUAUCAACUGAUAGUCAGAGCCUUACAAUGUCUCUUAUCAUAACAGUAUCAUGUGGAGAUAUCGGAACUGAUGUCAACAUACCAUGCCUCCUCGCACCCGUGCAACAUCACCCCAUUUUCAUUUUUUCGCUGGAGAGGGAGGUCAGCGCGACCAGAGCUGAUCACCCGCUAUUUUCAGCCCUCGCGAGUCGCGACCUGUGA